AUGGUCAAUAAUGCUCAGAUUGUUCCGCCCGAGAAUAAGGAAAUGAUAUUGGGCCAAGGUCUUGAGCUACUGGGUUUCAAAAAACUCAGUGUUGUGAAAUGUUUCUCGGUAAGAUAGCCCUCUUGGCUUUCUAUAAACAAAUGAAUAGAGAGCUGACUCCAGGUCAUUGUAGAACUUUGGGAUUGAACUCACUAUUAAGCUAGAUCAAAUCACUCCUAUUGAGCUCCAGCCCCCAGUUAUGAUCUCAAAAAAGAACACUUUGGCUGUUGUUAAAGGUGGUUGGCGGUUCAACCAAUCACAAUCAAAAGGGUUUCAUAAUAGUAAUCGAAACUUUAACGAGCUACCUAUUAUCUGGUUUAAUAGGUCAAACGGUGACAUGUCGCCUGGCGAAGUCACUGUUAGACUUCGCAAAGUUUUAAAUGAUUACAAUGUUUCGCAGGCGGUAUCACCUGCUAUCAAGCCCAUCCAUGCGUCAAAAAACAUACCCAGCCAUGGAGAUGAUCCAAUUCAAUAUAGGAAGGACUGUCAAAAAAUCCUGGAUGAAUGCUUGGACUCCCUUGAAAAGAAUUCUGAGCAGGGUAUCAACUUCUUGUACAUCAUCUUGAGAGAUAACGAUGCCAAUUUCUAUGCUGAAAUCAAAAGGUGGGGCGAUUGUGUUAAAGGAAUCCCAACCAUUUGUACUAGAUACAGUACCCUUUUUCCUACCCAGGAAAAAGGAAAGAAACAGAAGCCAGAUUUCAAUGAUAUAGCACUUUGUGCAAAUAUCAGGUACUGUUUCUAGACCCUAUUAGAGCGCUGUAAAACUAACGUGGAGCUCGUAGUCUGAAGAUCAAUGCUAAGUUGGGAGGCAUCAGUCACAAAUUAGAAUCAACAAGUAGCCAGCUCAGCAUGACAGGCACUCCCAAAGAUAUAAUGAUUAUCGGGGCAGACUGCACUCAUCCAGGAGCUGGGGUGAAGCAUUGUCCUUCAAUCGCAGCUAUUGUUGUUACAAAUGACGACGAGUCAAGCCAGUAUCUCGGUUCUGCGAGGCUGCAGAAGAGAAGACAAGAGGUAUUUCUAUUUCCAUGUUUACUCGAACCGACUAACCCGUAAUAGGAGAUAGCUGAUUUACAUGGCAUGAUGGUCGAGAGAAUUAAGGCUUGGUCCCAUAAGGCAUCUAAAGCUGGGAAAAGUGAUGGCAACUGA